AUGAUUGAGAGUGACACUCCAGCUGCAGUUCAGCUGCCAUCACCACACAUCUUAAUCAUGGUUGAUAGCAACACUUCAGCUGCAGUCCAGCUGCCAUCACCACACAUCUUGACCAUGAUUGAGAGUGACACUUCAGCUGCAGUCCAGCUGUCAUCACCACAUCUCUUGAUCAUGGUCAAGAGUGACACUCCAGCUGCAGUCCAGCUGCCAUCAUCACACAUCUUGACCAUGAUUGAGAGUGACACUUCAGCUGCAGUUCAGCUGUCAUUAUCACACAUCUUGACCAUGAUUGAGAGUGACACUUCAGCUGCAGUUCAGCUGUCAUCAUCACAUCUCUUGACCAUGGUCAAGAGUGACACUCCAGCUGCAGUUCAGCUGCCAUCACCACAUCUCUUGACCAUGAUUGAGAGUGACACUUCAGCAUGA